CCACAACAGAAACAUAACCAACAAAAUCUAGUGCUUUGCAUUGUGUACCGCAUGUAAUUUACAGAAAAGUGUUAUUUAAUUGACGAUGGAGUAUUCCGUAGGCAGUUUGGGUUCCCUUAUAUCUGGCAUUAAGGCAGGAGGUCAGAAGGUUGUACAGAAGGAGUUUAAAUUACCAGAAUUUGAAACUAUACCGGUUCCUGAAAAACCUAAGAAGGCUAAGCCAGUGGAAAGUGUUGAAACAAAAGACAAAACGAGUCCCUCACUGCAGAAGCCACUUGAAGCUCUUUCAAAAAAGAAAUUGAAGCGCAAGGAACUGAGGAAAUUACAAAAUCAAGCAAAAUUGGAAAAGUCUGUAGAAAGUGGUAAAGCAAAUGAGAGCAAUAAUACCCCUCUGCAAAAGCCAGUUGAAGAACCAACAAAAAAGAAAUUGAAGCGCAAGGAACUGAGGAAGUUGGCAGAGAAUCAAGGGAAAUUGGAAACAUCUGUAGAAAAAGUUAAAGCAAAUGAAAGUGAGGAGAAUAAUCCCCCCAAGAAACUGAAGAAGAAGCAAUUAAGAAAAUUGGCCAAAAUUGAAGCAGAAGCUCAAAAGCCACAAGAAGUUUUACCACAGAAAAAAUUGAAACGUAAGGAAUUAAGGAAAUUAGCUGAAAAUCAAUCCAAAUUAGAAAAUCCAACUGAAGAGAAACAAGAAAGUCAAGAUGAGGUACAAAAUGAUAAGAGAAAUGACAAAAAUAGUAAGUUGGAGCAUAUCAAAACUGAUACUGUAAUGAACUUUGAGACUGAGAAGUCUCAAAUAAAUUCAACAUAUGACUUACCGAAUGGUUCACUCAAGAGAUAUCAUGUAGAUGAUGAAAAUGAAGAACCAGAUGCAAAGAAAACAAAAUCUGAUAUACCUCUGAAUAAUGCUCAAAAACGAAUUAAAGGUAAAGAGACCAAGUUAAAGUAUCAGGAGAAGAAAGCUUGGGUUGAUGAAGAUAACGAUAGAACUGUUUUUAUUGGAAAUGUUGAUGUGAAUGUUUCCAAGAAAACACUUACUGGGCUUUUCAGCAAGUAUGGAAAAAUCGAAAAUAUAAGAUUCAGGGGAGCCCCUGUUGCGGACGUCCGUACACCGAAGAAAGUGGCUAUUAUUAAGAAGGAAUAUCAUGAUAAAAGGGAAACUUUGAUUGCUUUCGUCAAAUAUGACAAAAGGGAAAGUGCCUUGAAAGCAAUCGAGUUAAAUGGAAGUUUAUUGAAUGAUAAGCAUUUGAGAGUGGAUAUGUGUGAUGCAGAGAAGAGUCCAGAGAAGGCCAAUGCAAUUUUCAUUGGAAACAUAUCUUUCACUACUGAAGAGGAGAAAUUGUGGGAAACUUUUGCGCCUUGUGGAAAAAUCGUCAGUGUCCGUUUAAUUCGAGAUAAGGUGACGAAUAUCGGCAAAGGUUUUGGAUACAUCAAUUUCGAAUCAGCCGAUUCUGUGCAUUUGGCGCUGAACAUGGGGGAGGUACAAAUUGAUAAUAGGACUCUAAGGAUUUCCCAAUGUGGAAACAAGAGUGAGAAGAAAAGGGAGAAAAAGGCGAUCAGAGCGGAACGACGAACAAAUAACUUUGGAAAUGAUACAAAACAAAGAGUUAAAAAAGAAAAUAUGGAUUAUCAAGGAUUCAAACAAGACAAGAAGUCCAAGAAGAAGAGAAUGGACAGAGGAAUGUUAGCUAAGAAGAGGCUUGUCAACAAAGUAGCUCCUAGGUCUAAAGAAUAAAUGUUACUAAAGAACAAUUUUAUUAAGCUUUUCCUGCACCGGUUUGGGAAAAGCCAUUUCAUUUCCUUUCGCACAUUGUAUACAG